AUGGAAGGUAGGAUCAAAAUUUUCUUUUCCAUGGCUCUAGUCUUUGCCACUAUUUUUAUGAGACCAGGAUUAGCCGAGGUCCACACCACACCUCAACUUCGUUUCAUUCCUGGCUCCCCCGUUGAUAUCACAAAGUGUUGGUCAUCACUUAUCAGCAUUCAAGGUUGUGUAAUUGAAAUCUACAAAUCUGUUGUAACUGGUAAGUUUGAAAACGUUGGACCAGCUUGUUGCAAAGCCUUUACGGAUGUUGAUGCAAAAUGUUGGCCUAAAAUGUUUCCUUUGAAUCCUUUGUCCCCUCCUCUUGUCAAGAAUAGUUGUUCUCGCAUCAGCGCAGCUACAACACCUCAGUUCCCUAUCAUUCCUGGUUCUCCGGUAGACCUCACGAAAUGUUUGUCAUCACUCGUCAGCGUUCAAGGUUGUGUAACUGAAAUCCACAAAUCAUUUUCAACAGGGAAGUUUGAUAACGUUGGAGCUACGUGUUGCAAGGCGUUUUUGGAUAUAGAUGCCAAAUGUUGGCCACAAAUGUUUCCACUAAAUCCAUUCUUCCCUUCUCUUCUCAAAAAUGAAUGUUCUCGCAUCGCAGUAGCUCCCAUACGCAAAUGA